GUGAUUGCGACGCGCGGGGUAGAAACUCUCAAUCUGGCAACCGGAGACAUCUCCAGACCCCUGGUCGUGUUGUGGAAUGAUGAAGAAACUUUCUUAAAUUUUUACACAUAUUUUAAAGGACUGAUCUUUCUGUUUUUGGUGCUGUAACCGUGAAGAAUCCAGAGGAGAAGAAGAAGAAGAGAAGUGUAGAUCUUUUAUUUAUUUAAUCUUUUAUUUAUUCACUAUAAAAAAACUAAGCGGUGUGUUUGAUCUCCAGCUGCUGCAGACCUGAUGAAGAUCCACACGGAGCAGAAUCACGGGACUGGAACAGAAAUGAAGCUUUUAUCAUCAGAAAUGUCUUCUCGGUGAAGUUUAACAGAAGGACGCAACCUGAAGAGGAAUAAAUCAGGAGCAUCAACAAGAGGGUUGCCAUGGUAACAGCUGAUCAGCGCUCAAGAAACAAGAGCAUCGCGAGCAACACAUCCAGAUCUGAUGAACUUCAACACACUUGCUGGAUUCUAGGACCGUUUUUCUUCUGGAGCUGGAUGAAACCUGGCUGCUGAUUGAUUCUGUCCCCAUGAAAGCUGUGAAGCUCUUGGAAAAAUAAAAGCAACAUGGGUUACUCUGUCAUAGUUGUCGCUGCUGCCGUAUCGACUCUCGGCGGUCUGGUGUUCGGCUACGAGCUUGGAAUCAUCUCCGGCGCUCUGCUGCAGCUGCAGGUCCAGUUCCAGCUAAGCUGUGUCCAGCAGGAGGCUGUGGUCAGCUCCCUCCUCAUUGGAGCCAUCCUGGCUUCUGUCCUCGGUGGCUGGCUAAUCGACCGGCGCGGCAGGAGGAUGUCCAUUUUGCUCAGUAACUUUCUGAUCGUUGGCGGGAGCCUGAUCCUGAGCCUUAGCAUCUCGUUUCCGAUGCUAAUCUCCGGCCGUCUCAUGGUAGGCUUUGCCAUGUGUGUGUCCUCGAUGUCCUGCUGCAUCUUUGUCUCUGAGUUGGUUUCACCAGAACACAGAGGUCUGAUGGUCACUCUGUAUGAAGUCGGUGUGACGGUUGGGAUUUUGCUCGCGUACGCAGUCAACUAUGUCUUAUCUGGAGCUCAGGGAGGAUGGAGGUACAUGUUCGGGUUGGUCGUGGCGCCGUCGCUCGGGCAGUUGGUUUUGCUUUGGGUUCUGCCCUCACAGCAGACGCCGAGCUCACAGCUCCUGGAUGAAGACGAGGCUUUCACCGGAGCUCAAACCCGCAGGGAGACGAAUGCUCUGGUGAUCCUGUUUCAGCAGAGGGAUAACAUGCGCACCAGGACCACCAUCGGACUCGGGCUAGUGCUAUUCCAGCAGUUCACGGGUCAGCCCAACGUGCUCCUCUACGCCUCCACCGUCUUCCAGUCUGUGGGAUUUGAGAGCGACGCAUCUGCCGUGUUGGCGUCGCUCGGACUCGGAAUCAUUAAGGUCGUCGCGACGUUAGCGGCCAUGUUGUGCGCCGAUAAAGUGGGACGCAGGCUGCUUCUGAUGGGCGGAUGCUCCGUCAUGGCUGUCGGCUUGAUGAUUAUUGCAUUGCUGAGCAGAUAUUCGGAGUUUGAUGCAGGGAGACACUGCAGCUCUCAUUUAAAUGACACGUUGUUACCUCUGAUCAGAAACGACACGGCUAGCGCUGGACAUCUGGACACCACUGAGCUUCAUCACACAGGACAGUCGAAUUGGAUGAUCCUGUCCUGCAUGAUGGCUGUAGUCGCCGCCUUCUCCAUCAGCUUCGGUCCGAUGACGUGGGUGGUGCUGAGUGAAAUUUUCCCGGCAGAUGUGCGAGGACGAGCGUUUGCCUUCAGCAGCUGUUUUAACUGGACGGCCAACCUGAUGGUCACCUUCUCCUUCCUCAGUGUCAUCGAUCUGAUCGGUCUUUCCGGAACGUUCUUGGUGUAUGGUGUGCUGGCUGUAGCGGGCGUGGUUUUUAUCUUCCUCCUUCUACCUGAGACGAAGGGCAAAGCGCUGCAGGACAUCGACAGGGAACUGAGCGAAAGACGGUUUCCUGACAGAGCAGAAUUCUGCACCCUUUUCCAGAGGAGACGAUUUUCACCCCGAUACCAGAGAGUCUCCUGGACGAGUUCAUCGCUUUAACCAUCACCAGCAGGGACGAGGCCAAACAUCGGGGACGAGGCCAAACAGCAGGGGCGAUGACAAAGGGUGGGGGAUGAGGACAAAUGGCAGGGAUGAGGACGAAGGUCAGGGACGAGGACAAACAUCAGAGGAGAUGAUUUUCACCCCUCUAUACCAGAGAGUCUCCUGGAUGAAUUCAUCGCUUUAACCAUCACCAGCAAGGACGAGGACAAACAUCUGGGACGAGGACAAAUGUCAAAACAAAACAGCGAGGCUUGAGGGCGACGAUCAUCGUGUGGAAAUCUGAUGUUUUUACUGUAAUAAAGUUCAUGAUGCAGCUUGACCGAUCCUCUGAUCUGUUCACCAACUGAUUAACUAUUUCAUCCUUUUAUUUGUUUGUUUAUUUAUUUUUAAAUAUUAAAUAAAAGAUUUAAACCUU